AUGGCCAGUGGCCGCAAAUUUAUCACAACAGUCGGAGUCUCUGGCAUUCCUAAUGAAGAGCCAUUAUCACAUCAAGCUGAGAUAAGCGUAGAAGGCACAAAUGUACAGCACUCUUUUCUGAUAUCUGAAAAGAGCCCAAUUAACCUCAUGGGGCGAGAUUUGCUUUUGCCCAACAUUCAGAAAAUUGCCACAACAUCACCAGCAUGUGCAUCAUUGAUGUCUGCCAUGAGGCCUCUCCUGACGUGUCAUUGCACGGCAGCCUUUAACCCUUUGGAACAGUAUAAGCCACCUCACCCUGCAGAAUAUGGGCCUCCAUCAGAGUUAUCAGAGGUUCCCUCAUAUUUAUGGGCAAAACAUAAAAAUCAUGUAGGUUUUGUGAAUUCGGCUCCACCUCAUAAAGUCACACUCAAACCAAAUGUCACAUUGCCGGCUAUCAGACAGUACAACUUGCCUCAUAGAGCCAUUACUGGAAUUGAAACAGUUAUUCAAUCUCUAUUGGAUCAAAAUGUACUGGUGCAAACUUCCAGUCCAUGCAACACACCCAUUUUGCCCAUCCCGAAACCAAAUCGUCCAGCUGAAUGGAGAUUUGUGCAAGAUUUGCAGGCUAUUAAUAAUAUUGUCGUGCCCACAGCUCCCAUUGUGCCAGACACUAAUUCGAUUUUAGCCUCGUUACCAUCCAAUUCAACCCACUACACAGUCAUUGAUCUAUGUUCAGCUUUUUUCUCUAUACCGUUGCAUCCAGAUAGCCAGUAUCUGUUUGCAUUCACGUUCAAAGGCAAACAGUAUACAUGGCGGCGUUUGCCACAGGGUUAUGUUGAGAGUCCAACAGUGUACGCAGCAGCGGUAAAAAGAGACCUUGAUGACCUCCACUUCCCAGGGGGUUCAACACUUCUGCAGUACGCAGAUGAUCUUUUGAUAGCCUCUCCAUCCGAGGAAGCUUGUCGAACUGAUUCAAUCUUGCUCCUGCAGAGGUUAGCUGAGUGUGGACAUAGAGCAUCACUGCCCAAACUGCAAUUUUGCCGAUCUGAGGUCACAUAUUUGGGUCACCUCCUGAAGGAUGGACAGCGCCUCCUAUCACCAGAAAGGGUGAAACUGCUGGUCAACAUGCCUCCCCCCAGAACUAAGAAGGGCAUGCUUUCAUUCUUAGGGAUGGCGAACUAUUGCAGACACUGGAUUUAUGAGUAUGCGGCUAUGGACUCUGUAUUGCGAGCAGCCACACUACAGUCAGCUCCCACUGCAGUUCAAUGGACUGAUGACAUGCAAAAAGCUUUUCAGAACUUAAAGCAUGCUCUCACCAUGGCUCCAGCAUUAGGAUUGCCGGACUAUCAUCAGCCGUUCCAUCUACACGUACAUGAGAGAGAAGGCUUUGCUACAGGCAUUCUAGUACAAAAACAUGGGUCUCACUACCGUCCUGUUGCGUACUAUUCGUCUCGACUGACCCCUGUAGUCCUUGGUAUGCCGGGUUGCCUGAGAGCGGUGGCUGCAGUUGCUAUUCUGCUUGAUAAGUCCGCUCCCAUUGUACUGGCUCAUGACUGUGUCGUGCACGUUCCGCAUGCAGUAUUACACAUUUUAAACACAUCAGCUACUCAACACAUGACAGCAGCUAGACGUUCAGGUUAUGAGGCAACUAUCCUUUCCAGCCCACACAUAACUUUAAAGCGCUCACCCCCCUUAAAUCCAGCCACUCUCCUUCCACUGAUUGACACAACUGAAAUUGAGCAUGAUUGCAUUGCUACUAUUGAUAUGUGUACAUCACCAAGGCCAGACCUAUUGCAGACACCAAUACCUAACUCUGAGAUGAUUCUUUACACUGAUGGGUCAGCUAGCAGACCAUCUGACAAUGUUCACCUAGCGGGCUAUGCAGUAGUAAAUGAUUGGGAGGUUUUAGAAGCACGAGCUCUGCCUCCUGGCACUUCAGCGCAGGCAGCAGAACUAUAUGCUCUCACUAGGGCCUGUAUUAUCGCUUCUGGUAAAACUGCCACCAUCUACACAGAUUCACGAUAUGCUUUUGGUGUAGCUCAUGAUUUCGGUCAAUUAUGGAAAAUCAGAGGGUUUGUGUCAUCGUCUGGCAAGCCAUUACAACAUCACACGUUGGUAAAUGACCUGCUAGACGCCAUUAUGCGCCCGUUCCAGCUUGCAAUUGUGAAAUGUGCUGCUCACAGUCAGGAAAAUGAUCCUGUUUCACGAGGAAAUGCAAUGGCUGAUUUCGCAGCCAAACAAGCAGCAACUUCCUCUUCCUCCAUGGUACGUCAGUGUGCCUCCACACAGCCUGUCCAUCCAUUUUCACUACCCUCCGUUAAUGAUGUCGUGAUGUUGCAAAAUCACGCUGAUGAUAAGGAGCGUAGUCUUUGGUUGAGAAAAGGUUGUACAGUUGAUGCGGAGUCUAGCUUGUGGCUCCACCCUGAUGGUCGACCAGUUUGUCCUCGAGCUCUCCUACAUGUUCUGGCACGUGUUACACACGGACCAGCACAUGUCGGAAGAGGGGUGAUCAAUGAUGUUAUUCGCUCACAAUGGUGGAAAGGACCGUACCAGGUGCUGCUGACAACCAGGACAGCUUUAAAGGUUGAAGGAAAGGCAGAAUGGAUUCAUGCCACAAGGUAUCUUCGGGCCAUGGGGGUCCAACCUGAUCAAGCUUUUGACUACACUGCUGGUCAUCAUUCUCCUCCUCAUCCUCCUCUGUGCCUGUAUGAGUUGGCUGAUUAA